GCUGCCGUAGGCUCCGCCGGGGGCCGCUGCCACCGCCCCUUCCGUCGACGCAGGGCGAAGAGGGGCGGUCGGGUUGGGAGCGCAGGAUGCUCCGGUCGCUCUGGAGUUUCCUCAAGCGGCACAAGAAGAAAUGCCUAGUCCUCGGCACCUUCCUCGGCGGGGUCUAUUUACUGGGAAAAUACGGGCAGAAGAAAAUCAGAGAAAUCCAAGAACGAGAGGCAGCUGAAUACAUUGCCCAAGCACGAAGACAGUAUCAUUUUGAAAGUAAUCAGAGGACGUGCAAUAUGACAGUGCUGUCAAUGCUCCCUACAUUGAGGGAUGCCUUAAUGCAUCAGUUAAAUUCUGAGAGUCUCACAUCUCUUCUUAAAAAUAGGCCAGCAAACAAGUUAGAAAUAUGGGAGGAUUUAAAGAUAAUAAGUUUCACAAGAAGCAUUGUAGCUGUCUAUAGUACCUGUAUGCUAGUAGUUCUUUUGCGAGUCCAAUUAAAUAUUAUUGGCGGUUACAUCUACCUAGAUAAUGCUGCAGUCUGCAAGAACGGCACGACACCACUAGCUCCCCCUGAGGUUCAACAGCAAUACUUAUCAAGUAUCCAGCACCUGCUAGGAGAUGGACUGACUGAGUUAAUAACUAUUGUUAAACAAGCUGUGCAUAAAGUUUUUGGAAGCAUUUCCCUUAAGCAUGCCCUAUCUCUUCUGGAGCUGGAACAGAAACUAAAAGAAAUCAGGAAAGUAGUGGAACAUAAAGAUUCAGAUCAGAUUGCACCUUAUUCUCCCUUAUGCCAUUAUCUGAUGCCAGAUGAAGAAAACCCCCUAGCUACCCAGGCUUGUGGACUCACAGAAAGAGACACUGCUACAAUUAAAUUACUUAAUGAAACUAGAGAUAUGCUGGAAAGGUAUACAGAAAAUAUUCAUAUUGAACUCCUUACAACUACAGUUCACUCCAGACUUCAGUACAGUUUUGAGCACAUGUUUAAACAGAGGAUUCAGUCAACUGCUGGACAAUAUGGCAGAGUUCUUUAGACCUACUGAACAAGACUUCUCUCAGAAUGGCUCUGUAAAUAGAUCUAAAAACAGAAAUCAGAAGACCUAUCCUUUCCAAUUUUUGCCAGUGCUGUACAAACAGACUGCUUUUUGAGUCUGGGAGAUGUCCUUGCAGCGUCCCCCUGUGAGGCCAUAAGAUAGCUCUGUAUGUCCGAGUCUCUGACUGGUAAUUACAAAAGUUCUCAGGGAAGCUGGACAUAAUUGUGGUUCUCCAAAUACACGUAACCUACAGAGCUUUAGGUUCUUGACUGGUAUGUUGGAAAAAAUGUUAACAUUCAGGAUCUUCUGCCUCUUUCUAAAAGAACGUUAAAAAUACAGCUUUUAUUCUGAGAUUAUCUUGGUUUAAAAACACUUCACUGUGUUAGAAGUCUGAAAGCUGAGUUCAAAUCCUAGAAAUAUAAUUCCUAAAAUAUUAAAAGGAAUACUUUGAAUAUAACUUUUUAUGUAUGUUUAUUUUACAAGCCGUCGGUUAUUAAAUAGUAAUGUUUGUAUUGAAAUGUGUGCUGUGUGCAUUGCUCAAAAUAUCCCAAAGGCUUUAGCUUGGCUGUUUCUCCUCAGCUUGGUUAAGAAUUUGAGGGUCUGAGAUUGUAGAGGGACACGUCUGACAACUGUUUAUGUGUACACACAGGUAAAUACUGUAGCUUCUCAUGCAAAAUGAAUGUGUUUUAGCAGUAAUAGGAUAACCAACAGUUAUGAUAAAAUUUUCUUUGGUAGAUCUUCCCUAUUAAAUGAAAAACUUAAUAGGGUCAAACCUUCAUCUUGUACAUUCCAGUUUGUGGUCUGUGCAAAACUAACUUCUUCCAACUCUUACUUUUGAAGUAGUAAUUAUUUAGAUUAGUAAUAAUCACAGUUUAGUUGUUUUGCAAAUAUCCAAGCAAGUCUACGUCAAUAUUUUUUUGUUCUC